CGCGGGGCGGUUCCGGCGGCGUCCGCACGUUGCCCGCGGCGUGGCGUGGGGAGGGAAAGAGGGAGGGAAAGAGGGAGGUGUCUCUCCGCCUUCCCGCGGGCGCUCCCGGCCGGGCAGGGGAGCGGGCCGUCGCUGGCGACUCAUGUUCUAAACGAUUACUGUACAUCCAGCAAAUUCCAGUUUUCACAUCAUGGAGGCGGAACAAAUUAUGGAGGGACAGCCGCAGGUUCCUGAAAAUCCCCAUUCUGAAUAUGGUCUCACUGAAAAUGUAGAGAGGAUAGUAGAAAACGAGAAAAUAAAUGCAGAGAAAACAUCAAAGCAGAAGGUGGAUCUUCAGUCGUUACCCACACGCGCCUACCUGGAUCAGACGGUUGUACCUAUCUUGCUACAGGGACUUGCUGUUCUUGCAAAAGAGAGACCGCCAAAUCCCAUUGAAUUCCUAGCAGCAUAUCUUUUAAAAAACAAGUCACAAUUUGAGGACCGAAAUUAACUCCAUAAAAAUGAGGACAAUUUGGCUGCUAGACCGAGAUGCUCAUUUGUCACGAUUUGUUUCUGCUGUAAAAAUCCUUUGGAAUCACGAUGUCUUUCUUAAUCGCACAAUUUGCUUUACCUUUUGAGUUAUUUAAUAAAGAAGACUUUACAUUUAAUUUGCUCACUUGUUUUAAACUAGCUGUUAAGAGACUUUCACAAUAAAGUACUGAAACUGCA